UUGGCUGCGCUGUGCUGGAGGAGAAGCUGCCCUUCUGGAGGCAGGAAGCGGGGAGUGCGGAGCGGAGGCGCCGGGGGCUGCAGACGGAAUACCCGGGGAGCAAAGUGACAGAAGGCUGGGCUGUGCUGCUGCUGCUGGGGUACUGUACACAGCGCUGUACUGCUUAUUACCAUAUCAUGUGCAUUACUAUUAGGGGAUCUACUUGGAAGAUGGGACAUCGGUGUGGCGAGAGCUUCGUAUCUGAUGAAGGACGGAAGAUUUUAGUAUCUGAAGUGAAGUAGAUUGUUCUGCGAUCAUCUGCUUCUUUUUCAUCAUCAUGGCAUUCCAAAAGGCGGAGGGCAUGUCCAUUAUCCAGGCUUUGGCUAUGACCGUGGCAGAGAUACCCGUGUUCUUGUACACAACCUUUGGACAGAACACGUUCUCCCAGCUCAGGUUGUCACCAGGGCUCCGCAAAGUCCUAUUUGCCACUGCGCUGGGCACUGUGGCCUUAGCUCUUGCUGCUCACCAGCUGAAAAGACGGAAGCACAAGAAAAAACAGAUAACGGCAGGUGGUGAAAACCUACCAGGAGUGGUCCCUCCUGUUAUGUUACCCGUAAGACGCUCCUCUUGUGUAAAGAAAGGACACUCUCGCAGGGUGCAAAGUCCUAGCGGCAAAAGCAAUGACACACUCAGUGGCAUCUCAUCUAUCGAGCCAAGCAAGCAUUCCAGCAAGCACUCGAGCUCCACUCACAGUCUGGCAUCGGUAGUGGCAGUCAACUCUUCUAGCGCAAAUCCUACUUCUCUGGCACCGUGGGAGUCCCGAGAGAUGGAUGAACAGCUAAUUGAUGACGCCAAUGCAGAAAAUCUGUACAUUCAAGGAAUGGAGCUUUUUGAAGAGGCUCUGCAUAAGUGGGAGCGGGCUCUGAAUAUCGGGCAGAGGUGCAGCUCCAGUACCCCAACCGCUUCGAAUAGCGAAAUCCACGAUGAGACGUCUACAAGCAUACUGGAGACGUCCCAGAGCAAAGACUUUGCAGAAAAGUUAGAGACCUUGCUGAGCCGUGCCUACAAUUUGCAGGAAGAAUUUGGAACAAGCAUCCCUCCUGAUGCCAUGCUGAUGGAUCUGGAAGGAGUCCUGAUGCUCCCGUUACUGGAGGGCAGACGGCAGCUGCAAAUGGACGAUGAAAUAAGCACCAUAUCCGAUGAGUCCUUCUUCUCGGCAGCAGAGCUUUUCGAGUCUAUACAGUUGAAUGAAGGCCCAUUCAUACCAGCCAAGCCUGCAGCAGCCUAUGAAGAGGCAAUGAAGCUGGUUAAAUACGGGGAAGUAACCUGCCGGACGGCGAGGACCGAGCUCUUGGGAUGCUACAACGACCAGGACUUCCUGGCGAAACUCCACUGCGUCCGUCAAGCUUUCAAGCUGUUACUCCAGGAUAAAGGGAAUCUGCUAUUUUUUGGUGAAGUCGGAAAGCAGAUGGUGACGGGACUUAUGGUGAAAGCAGAGAAGAACCCCAAGGGAUUCAUUGAGAACUAUCAAGAGAUGCUGCUGUACUCUUCAAAGGAGGAGACGUGGCCCACUACACAGAAGGAACUUGAAGGACGUGGGGUGGUCUGUAUGAAUUUCUUUGACAUUGCGCUGGAUUUUAUCCUAAUGGAUGCCUUUGAGGAUCUCGAAAACCCUCCCAGCUCGGUGAUUGCUGUACUGCGGAACCGCUGGUUGUCUGACAGCUUCAAGGAGACAGCCUUGGCGACAGCUUGCUGGUCAGUUUUGAAAGCAAAAAGGAGACUUCUCAUGGUCCCAGAUGGUUUCAUAUCACAUUUUUACUCCGUAUCGGAGCAUGUCAGCCCCAUAUUGGCAUAUGGAUUUCUUGGUCCAAAAGAAAAUUUAACAGAAAUAUGCAAUAUCUUUAAGCAUCAGAUAGUGCAGUAUUUAAAGGACAUGUUUGACUUGGAUAAAGUGAGAUACACUACAGUCCAAUCACUGGCGGAAGAUAUCCUGCAUCUUUCUCGCAGGCGGAGCGACAUCCUCCUGGGAUAUCUGGGGAUGGACUCUGUACGGGAGGAAAUGAACGGCAACGUCCAUGUUGGAAACAGAACAGAAGAAGAACUUCACCUCUGACGGCAGUGAUGAAAAUUCAGAAUGUAUUCGCACUGACGCUUCAGGACCCUUCCAGGCUCUUAGGCCAGUUUUAAGACAGCAGUAAACGCAGCUGCAUUUUUAAUGUCUGUAUUACCGCUAUCAGGACUGGAUCCUCCCCACUGCGAUUCCUCUGAACCAAACUCUGAUCACCUAUGAUGAUGUAAGUUUGAUUUAGCGGGACCACCGGAGAUGUUUGAGUUUUGUAGCCACUCUAAACUAACCUAAAUCAGUCGGCUGAAGCUGCUGCACGUGGUCACCAUCCCGUGGCUCCAUUCUGUAGGGGCACGGGCUGCAGAUCAUUGACCCAAAAGGAUCUUCUCCUUGAAUGAUGCACAGACUUGAAGCUGUGAAGGACGAAGCAGUGAGGUUUUAGUGGCAUUGUUAUAUAUAUUUUUUUUAAAUUAUGCGCUGAAUUCGACAUCUACUGAAAUCCUUCGCCUGAACGUUGAAACUCUAAUAUAUCAUUUCUAUUAUGGACAGUUUUUAAAGGAAAGAAAAACUAAUGGACAAAGGAAAUGUGAUAAUUUUUUUUUUUUUGUGCAUAGUUGACUUUUCUUUUUGCACAUAUACCUUAACUGUGAAGAGACUGGCAAGUAAAGAUAAGUUGAAAAUGGAAGUCGUCUUUCCUUCAGUUCCAGCUACCGCCAAGAUGAUGGGUUAUCAAAAAGUUCAGAUGGUAGUACAUUAGUGCUAGCAGAGUGAUGGAUUGGAAAUGAAACGUGUGUCGGGUUGUCCAAGAUGGCAGCACCAGACCCUUCAGCUGAAUCUCACUGACACUAUUUACUAUUAUCCUUGUCCUUAAUGCGGACAAUAAUAGGACAUUUUCUAUUAUUUUGCGGAACGGAAAUGCACAUGUAGCGAGUAACAUUGAAAUGAAUGGUUCCGCAUACGGUCCGCAAAAAAAAAACAGAACAGACACGGAAAGAAAAUUCAUUUGUGUGCAUGAGCCCUUAACAGAAGGAAUGUGACUUUGUGUAGAGCUGUACAACUCCACUAUAAGGCCUCAUGCACACAAACGUAUUUUCUUUCCGUGUCCAUUCAGUUUUUUUUGGCGGACUGUACGCGGAACCAUUCAUUUCAAUGGGUCCGAAAAAAACAAAACAACAAAAAAAACGGAAGUUACUCUGUGUGCAUUCCAUUUCCGUAUCUCCGUUCUGCAAAAUAACAGAACAUUGUCCGCAAUAAGGGCAAAGAUAGGACUGUUCUAUAAGGGGCCAGCUGUUCCGUUCCGCAAAACAUGGAAUGCACACGGACGUCAUCCGUAUUUUUUGCGGACCGCAUGUGUGGGACUGAAGUGAAAUUUCCUGCCAGUCCCGGACUGGGACUAUUAGGAAUUACUACAGGAUGUGCAUUCGGCGGGCAAAGUUUAGAUUUUGUCAUUCUAAAACCGUUAUCUGUGAAAUGUACUACCUUUCCCCCUUACAGUUCUUUUUGAAUAUUAUAAUCAUUUGUCGAUGGGUUCAUAUCUGUGUUUGCAAAGUAUUGUGACUUUUUGUUGCACUAAUCUGUUUGCUUUGUUUUUUUUUUAAACUCGUUUUAUUGAAGUAUAAAGUUGCACUAUUAUCAUACAUGACAGUUUGACAUGACCAUAAAGUCAAUAUUGCGAGUAUACAGAGUCAACAUGCAAGUUGACAAUAAACAAACAAAGGAAACAAACAUUCCGUGGUAC